AAGGCACCGAACGGGCCUACCAUUUUUAGAUAGCAUGAAAGUAUGCUGCCGCGCACGAUGCAUUACCUUCCCACCGUGCUCGUUACGCUCGCGAUGAUAGGAACCGCAUGUACGUUAGACUCCUAUCCCCUAGAUCUCGCUUGUCCGUUUUCGCGUUUCAAGGCGUGCGUUCAGAGAAAAGUUUCUUUGGCGACUAGCUGUCGUGAUGACAGUGCUAGGCACAAGCCCCCAGCAGACCACCGAGGGACUACGUGGAAUCGGCCAUUAGCCAAUGGUCUGUCAGUCUGGCAUGGACAGGUAUAUGACGACGACGUCAAGGACUACAUCGAUAUCGACGAGGAGGAGCCUGUUCCAGAAGCAGCAAAAAUAAUGGUGGCCAGGAAACAGAUCUCGGACACAGUUCUGACGUCACCAGUGGCACCUGAGGUCACAAAUAUCACAGAGUCAAACUGUGACUUAUCAUUCACUGUCCAAGCACCUCGGAAUUUGCUUCCAGAACCCACAUUUCGUGAAGAAGACUCCUUUCUUCAAGACCCCUACGACUAUAAGAAAGUACUCUUCCCCUCCUUUGGGUCCUACGAUCGAAUUCUGGACACCGGGAAGCCUAUAAGCCGUAAAGUUCGCAGUUUAUUGUCUGUGAACUGUUUCAAGCAUCCGUUAAAGUCACAUGGUUCCCUUCACAGAGACUGUACCAUCGCAUAA